UGUUGCUCCGAACCUCGGGCGCUAAGUUUCCUUCCCUUCCAUUUCUCCGUCUCUCCGUCCUCCAAGUCUUUCCCUUCCUCCGUUCUGUACUUCUCGACUCCGCCAGACCUCUCCCCUCCUCUACACAUUCUCACAAUGGCACCAAUUACCGACGAUGUCGUUUCCGGUCUCAAGGACACUAUUGGCAAGCUGGAGGCCCGCGUCAUCGAGCUCGAGGGCCGUCUGACCGGCUCCAAGCCCAAGUCCGUGACAGAGCAGAUCCGUGUUAUUCUCAUGGGUCCUCCUGGUGCUGGCAAGGGUACUCAGGCCCCGAACAUCAAGGACAAGUUCUGCGCGUGCCACCUGGCUACCGGAGACAUGUUGCGGUCACAGGUCGCUAAGAAGACCGAGCUCGGCAAGGAGGCUAAGAAGAUCAUGGACCAGGGUGGUCUUGUCAGCGACGAGAUCAUGGUGAACAUGAUCAAGAGCGAGCUGGACAACAACGCCGAGUGCAAGAACGGCUUCAUUCUGGACGGCUUCCCUCGCACCGUCGCCCAGGCCGAGCGUCUGGAUGACAUGCUCUCCUCCCGCAAGCUCCCUCUCCAGCACGCCAUUGAGCUGCAGAUCGACGACGCCCUGCUUGUGGCCCGUAUCACCGGCCGUCUGGUGCACCCGGCCUCGGGCCGCUCGUACCACAAGAUCUUCAACCCUCCCAAGAAGGACAUGGUUGACGAUGUCACCGGCGAGCCUCUGAUCCAGCGUUCCGACGACAACGCCGAGACCCUCAGCAAGCGUCUGGUCACCUAUCACGCCCAGACCUCGCCCGUCUGCGAGUACUACAAGAAGACCGGUAUCUGGCGCGGCAUUGAUGCCAGCCAGGAGCCUGGUCAGGUGUGGAAGAGCCUUCUGGGUGUGUUCAACAAGACCCAGUAAAGCAAAGAGGGGCGAACUCAAUUGGGAGGAAAGAUUUCUGUGCUUAGGGUGUGAACAAAACAAAAGCGCGCCAUUUCUUGAAAGCGCGCAAAACCUGUCGGUCAAAGAGUGGCUGGAUGGGUGGACGAGUUUAACCAGUCGGGUUUCGUCCCUGUGUGCUCGCGCAUGUUGUUUGUUUUUUUGUUUUCUGAUUUCUUUUGUUUUGGGCUUGGUUGGGGAGCACAUGAGGAGCGAGGGACUUGGUGAUACCGUUCGCAUAUAGACGCAGAAUAAUUGUCUCUCAAGGUCAUGUAUAGUAUGUGUACUUGUUGUGGUACCCAAUCACUGUCGCCUGCAAUGGCCAAUCUGUA